GAUAUAAUUCUUCUUAUAUUGUGUGUAACUUAUAUAUAUUAUAUUUGUACCAAGAGGAUUUAAAAGAUUCGAUUACGAAAGUUUGGUCGAAAGUGUGUGUGUGUGUAACGUGUGGGUCCACAUAUACACACAAAUAUAUACGUUAUAUAUAUACACAUAUAUUGCGACUGACAGUUCGUUUUGCUGUUGGUCAUUGACGCUUUGAACUAUAUACUUCUGCUUUUAUCUUCUUCUUUGUAAAGAAGAUUAUACGAACAAUACUAUCUUCGUUUAGUUUCUCUUUUCAAAUAUAAGGCCAGCCAGUUGUGCCAUUCUUAUUGAGUGACCAGAAUUUUUAGUUAUUCAAUCAAUAACGUUUUGAUUUGUAUACUAAAAUUCUACCGUUUUCAUAGUAAGCGGUUUUGUCACACAACAUAAGAAUGGACACAUCAGGCUUUCCUGUACCGGAUGCGAUCCACCCACUACUUGAACAAUUGCAAGAAGCUUUGGUGCUGGAGGUUAAAUAUCAACCUGAUCUUCAAUUACUCACUACAACGCAAAAUGAUGAGAUUACUAUCGAAGCACGGGAUGGGUCUGCUCAUGUAUUAAGAUGUUUGAAAGUAUGGUAUGAUUUACCAUCUGAUGUAUUUUUUCUUGCUAUUAAUUUGAUGGAUCGGUUUUUAACUAAAAUGAAAGCCAAACCAAAACAUAUGGCUUGCAUCAGUGUGGCAGCUUUUCAUAUCGCAGCAGUUCAAAUGGCUCAAUCUUUGGAUGCUGAUCAUUUGGUAUCUAUUUCUCAAUGCAAGUGUACUGGUGGAGAUCUUAAGCGUAUGUCAGAAGUAAUACGUAAUAAAUUGGAAUGGGUACCAGAUAUACAGCCAAUUACAUCAUUAACUUUUCUACGUUUGUUCAAUACAAUGUUUCAUACUGUUGCAUUGCAUUUGGGUAUUGGUGAUAUAUAUACUAAUGUUUUAAUGGAAUCUGAACUUUUUCUAAGAUUAGAAAUGAUAGCUUGCAAUGGAAAUUGUGCAAGUUUAAGGCCAUCGGAAGUAGCUUUGGUCUUAUUCUGUACAUAUUUAAAAGCAACCAUUACACGAUUAGAUUCAAAUAAAGAUGUUAAUACUUCUGCAACAUCUAUGACUGCUGGUCCUUCUACUAUGAAUUCAUCUGUAACAUCAGCACAUCAAAUGUUAAGACUGCUAAAGUUUUCUACUGAAAUACAAAAAAUAUGUAAGAUUUCAGGCGAUAGCUAUGUUUCUACUCAUGAAGCUGUAAGUGCAGUUUUAAAUAAAUAUAAUGCUCAAGAACAAACGCCACAUAGACAAAGACUCAUAUGGAAAUUAUCUUCACGUACAGCACGUCUUUUGCGUCCAACUGAUAAAUUUACUUCUGUUUUACCUGUCAUUGCUGAACACACUCCAGUUCCAUCUCCAAGUAGAAUAAGAAAAAACCGUAAGUUCUCUCGUCGUCAUGGAAACAAGAGGCGUUAAUAUAUCUUGCUUAUAAUAAGGGAAUAAUAAGCAAGAAAAAUCUAUCGUAUCUGAACGAAUUAGGAUUUAAAAUAGCAUUUUCCAACAUAAUAUUUAAUAAUAGAAAUGAUAUAGACCUUGUGCGUUUCUUGGAAAUGGAAAAUCAUUCAAUGUAAGUCAGUAUCUUAUCAUGUUAUUUGAAAGGGCAUGACACACGUGUAUAUAAUUGUUCGUUUCUUUAUUUUUUAUUUAUUUUUGAAUUUUUCUAAAGUCUAUUUUCUAAAUGAAAAUAAAAAAUUUAUG